CUUGUGUUGCAAGCGACUCCAUCCGCCAUGGCACAGGCCUACGAUGACGAGGAGCUUUCCAUCUCCUUGUCUCCUUCUCAGAUCCGAAGUCGCAAUAAGCGAUCCGGCGAUGGCGCAUCAGGUUUCGGCCCCAGUACCGGCAACCUCCACGAAUACGGCCAACACGGUCAGCAAUUACACCCUAAUAUCAACGCCGUCAUGGCCGACGCACCCCUCCGCGACAAGAUGCGCACCGAGCAGCGCAUCGGUGCUUAUAACAUUGUCAAGACGCUCGGCGAAGGCAGCUUCGGAAAGGUCAAGCUGGCUGUCCAUCGCAGCACCGGCCAGCAGGUCGCUCUCAAGAUCAUCGCCCGCAAGAAGCUCAUCAGCCGCGACAUGCAAGGUCGCGUAGAGCGCGAGAUUGAGUAUCUUCAAUUGCUAAGGCAUCCCCAUAUCAUCAAGCUGUACACCGUCAUCAAAACACCAACCGAGAUCAUCAUGGUGCUAGAGUAUGCCGGCGGCGAAUUGUUCGAUUACAUUGUUCAACAUGGAAAGAUGAAGGAGGACGAAGCCCGCCGCUUCUUUCAGCAGAUGCUAUGCGCCGUCGAAUACUGUCAUCGUCACAAGAUCGUUCAUCGCGACCUAAAGCCCGAAAACCUCUUGCUGGACGAUAAUCUCAAUGUCAAAAUUGCCGAUUUUGGUCUCAGCAAUAUUAUGACCGACGGUAACUUCCUCAAGACCAGCUGCGGCUCUCCCAAUUACGCGGCUCCCGAGGUCAUUGGCGGCAAGCUUUACGCAGGACCUGAAGUCGAUGUCUGGAGUUGCGGUGUCAUUCUUUACGUCCUACUCGUCGGGCGCCUCCCUUUCGACGACGAGCAUAUCCCCAGUCUUUUUGCCAAAAUUGCGCGUGGAAGCUACAUGGUGCCCACAUGGAUGAGUCCCGGCGCGGCGUCACUAAUCAAGAAGAUGUUGGUCGUCAACCCUGUUCAACGUGCCACAAUUGACGAAAUCCGCCAGGACCCGUGGUUCCUCAAGGAUCUGCCGGCUUACCUUCACCCUCCUGUCGAGGAGUUCCUCAAUACUGGCGUGGACCCCAACAAGGCCAUCAAGGUUAGCGACAUUGCACCGAAUGCCCCUCCGCAGGAACAGGAGAAGCUGCAUAAUGAGGUCACGGAGAAGAUCAGUAAAACUAUGGGCUACGGCAAGAGAGAUGUCGAAGAGGCCUUGGAAGCCGAUGAACCCUCGGCCAUCAAAGAUGCCUACAUGAUCGUGCGUGAGAACAAGCUGAUGCAGAGUAACCGCCUCACGACAGAGGAGUCUGUCCCGAGUCCGCUCCAUGACCCGAAUAUGUCAUCAGCUCGCUCGAUCGCAUCCGUUAGCACAUCAACUUCACCGCGGCCAUAUGUCAGCAAGAUCGGUAUUUUGCCUAGCAGUCUUCCUACCUACCACAGGGUCUUUAUGGAGCGAGAGAAGGCCAAGGCCGAAGGUCUUGAGCCCCCUGAUGCCAUCCCCACCAUUGUUGAGCCGGCAAAUCAGCCACGCAGCCAAGCCGAACAAGAAGAGACCAUCCGAAGACUCAAGCCACAUUCGAGGAGUCAACUUCGCCUUGACGAGGCCAACAAGCGCCCACAAGGACUGACCCCCGUCCACCCGCCCAAGAAGAACAAGCCUGCUCGAUGGCAAUUUGGUAUUCGAUCCCGGAACGCUCCUUGGGAGGCGCUGGUGUGUAUCUACAAGGCGCUAAACAAGCUUGGCGCUGGGUGGAUUGUCGAUGAAGACUACGAAAGAGCCCACCGGGACGAUGACGACACUGAUGACUAUGAUGGGCCUAGUAUCGGGGCCCGCAAGAAGUCAUCAUCCAGCAUGGAUCCCACCAAGACAUAUAGACUUCCUGCGGACCCCUGGCAUAUUAAGAUUCGGUGGACAACUGAUAAACUCAAAAAGCAUUCGGUUGCCUCCGGCCUCAGCGAAGCAGGAGAGAACAUGCAUGUUAGCCGGGAUGGCAGCGACAGCAAAUACCAGGUUGUGGCCAUGCGUAUGGAGAUCCAGAUAUACGAAAUGGAGCACGGCGUCUAUCUUGUCGAUUUCAAGGUAGACGGCUACGAGACCCCUGAUGGAAAGCUUCUAGAGGAUAAGGAAGUCACGAGCCCCUUCCCCUUCCUUGAUAUGGCGGCCAAACUCAUCAUGCAGUUGGCAGACGCAGAUUGAGAUGCCCCGACAAUUGAUUAAUAGCUUGCGGUCGCUAUGUUCACACCUUUGGUUUUCU